AAGAAGGAGGAAAUCCCAAAGAAGAAGAUCCCAAAGAGGAGGCGGAGGAGGUGUCCCUGAGGUGUCCCGGCGGUGGGAGCUGUGUCGUCAUGGCGGUGUGUUGCUGCAGACGGGGACAGUAACACAACCAUGAUGAACGACAUCAUGGAGGAGCCGGAGAAGGACCCUCUGCUGGAGCCGCAGCCACAAGUUCAGUCGGGGCCCAGUGGUGGAGCAAGACCUAAGGUGGCCGAUGGAGGCAUCAGGCCUCUGGAGAAGAGAGGACCUUACAUCAUGUCCAGAGUUCCAGCCAUCCACCUCAAACUACAGAAACACAGGGAGAUGGCAAGAAAAGCACUGAAGAAGAAAGCCCUCUCACUAGGACCUCCGGUGACGCAUCAGCCCAGACAAGGAGUCAAGAGGACGGUGAAAUAUAACAAGGGCUACGCUGCUUUGAGUCAGCAUUCUGAGGACACUCUGGUUGCACUGGACUCAGACAGUGAUGAAGAGAUCGAUUUUGAGCAGUAUUCCUCCGGGUACUCUUCAGCGGAGGUCCACCCUGAUUUAAGCAAGCAGCUGCUUCAGGACGGCUACCGCCUGGACGAGAUCCCUGAUGACGAGGACCUGGACCUGAUUCCGCCCAAAGCCAUGGGCUCCUCCAUGUGCUGCUGCUCUGAGGGCCCGUCUUGCUCCAUGCAGUGAUGCUGCUAUCCUGACUCAAACCCCUGCGAGGUCUGGUUCCAGUUCAAGUUGCUGUCUCAGGUCACUGGUGCCUGAGGCCUUCUUUCUAACCCAGCUCCCCCGCUGCGCUGCCUGAGGACCUUCAGCCCUGAAGCCAAAACUCCUGUUGAUGCAGGACUGCGUGCACCGAAACGCUCGACCCACAAGAUGUGGCAGAUGGAUGUAAGAACAAGCCUUAUCCACUGUGACCCCAAAGCUCUAGCUUUUUUCUAUUUUUUUUUUUUAUCAACCUACAGGAACCUUUACUAUGCCACUGAGUGGGAGAGAAAUUCAUCAUUUGGGACACGUCUGUGUUGAUCCAGUGCAGUUCUGGAUACCGUUGUUUCCUCUGGUUAACAGGUUUAAGCACGACAUAGUGUAUUGUGUUUUAAUGAAUAUGAUUUUUUUGUUAUGUUAACUUACUGCUAUUUGAAGCAACUCAAAUCACCCCUAACAUUACCUGACUACUUGUAAUUAUUUGUUUUAUGUCUCUAUCUUCAAAAAUAUUGUUUGAUUUUUAUUCCAAAAUGAGAUGACCACCAUUAUUAUUAUUAAUAUUAUUUGAACAAAAUAACCACAUCAAAUAACAGCGGAAAUAAUAUGAUUUUCAAUCUAACCAGAAGACUGAAUCGACAUAGGAUGUGUUGUGUUGGGACUGACUCCUUCAUUUCUCAUAAUAAUAAUACGAUUUUUCACUUGCUGAAAGAUUUAUUAUUAUUAUUAUUAAGAGGUUAGAAUAGAAUAAACCCGGCACUCGCAGAUAAUCGAAAGCCAGGAUUAGUUUGUUCUGCUAGUUUCCUAUGAUCUGACUCUUUGUGUCAAAAAUAUGAAAACAACUCAUGAUUGAUACAUGUUGUCUUUGAGUACAAUACUCUUACAAAGUGAAAUAUCCAUUGUUGGAUUAAUACCUACACUUAACCAAAAUGUUACACACGUUUAAAUGGCAGAAAAUGUAAGCAGAUAAGUUACUGAAGUGCUUUGACAGAACAACUGAUAUUUGGGCUAAGUCAGACUCUAUAUUGUAUAAAUAAGUUUCAUUCCAGGAAAAAAAUAUCUUCCAAAUAAGCUGCUACAAAAUAGACGUAAAAACUACAAAUAGUAGGAUUCCAGUUAAAGUCACCGUAUGACAUAUAUGUAUGUGGUAAGAUGUGUGUACGUUUAAAUUCUAAAAAGUUUUUUGUUUAUUUGAUUUUGCUUUAGAAAACAAAUUGUCAUAGAUUAAGUCAAGAAGAGGUUGCUGUUUUUUGCCAAGAUUGAUAUGUAGCAUUUUAAGAGUUACAUCAGAUCAUGGAUGGGAUAUUAAUCUGAAAUGUGUCUUUGUGGACACCAGACCAGAGUUAUAUUUUAUUUAUUUUUUUAAUAUUAAUUUGUUGACUACAAUAAAAACAAAUAGGUUUCACGUUCAAAACAAUAAAACCAGAUUACCAUAGAAUGGAAGUAAAUGGGUACCUCUGUUUACAGUAUGUACAACUUUAUGAACAAUAAUUCAUAUCCUUCUUAGUUUGUGUUACUGUCUGUUUUUGUUUCUUACACAAUAGACACAAAUAUGUGCCUAAAAUAGCCGUCUUUAUAAUAUUAUUUUUCCACUUAAAACAAUCUGUUGUCUCAUGUUACAACCUGUGUCAUAUUAAACUAUUGGGGUUUAUUUUGAAACUGGGCAUUAACAGAAAAUGUUUAAUUUCAGAGCAGAGCAAGUGACAGUGUUCACUUUUCAGGGGAUGUCUUUGUGUGUGAGUGUGCAACCAGCCUUUCACAUGCAUUAGUAAAAUAUAUACAAAUAAAAAAAUGGAAAUUGCACAACUGUUGAAGUGCAUAGAGGAUUUAAGUCACAACAAAUGUGUGACCAUUGUUAUACUUGCACCACACUGUCUUAGGCUGUGAGGUUAACUGUCUUAUGAAAUGAUGUAGCUGACCACUUGAGGGUUAAAACUGGAAAGAGUUUGACAUUGUGUGCUAGAAAAAAGCUGCAACCUUGAUCUGUACUCUGCAGUGUCAGGAACAACUCUCUAAUCCAUCAAGUCUUUGCAAAGAAAACGCCUGACAUUGAAAAUGUUAGAACAGUAACAUGAGCAAUGUACUUUAUCUCCGUGGUUGUAAUGUAGGCCAUUUAGGAAUAAAGGCUGAUUCCACGCUUACACUAAGUGUAGAAUCAGUGAUGAAAAGUGUAUCAACCCCCGCGGCGCCCGGAUCUGCAUGAUGCUCUUCAUGUACAUUAAAAUAUUGCACUUAACAUUAACACCAGUGGUCAGUAGCAUGUACACUUGACUUACCUGUACUAUGCAACUAUUGGGACAAUCUGCUUGUUAUACAACAUUGUGACAAUAAUGGCAUAAAGUGUUAUUAAAUGCUAAAUGCAAUAACUUCAUUUUGUUAUUUUAUGAUGGUGAACACUAAUCUUUUUUUAUUUGAUUGUACUGUGCAUUGGUUCAUUAUUAAA